CUCCAUCGGUACAUUCUGCAUGAACAUAAUGCAUGCUCCCCCACCCUCUCCACCGAUCUCCCCGUUAUAUACUCCCACCACCCCCUUCCCAGGAGCUCGACAUCGCGACGUCGACGUACGGGCGCUCUCCUUCGUCGUCUCGAUCAGGCCGACCUCUCGUCUCAGGUACGUGCAUGCCGUCGCCGCCAUGCAUGCGUACGAUAUGAUUUGAAGGUCAGGUCGAGGGGCUGGAAUGGAUUGAUCAAUGUCGAUAUGCAUGUUCCAUCUCCCGAUGCAGCGCCCUCAGCCUGCAUGGAUCGGCGGCCGGAGGGCGGCAGGGCGAGGAAGCGCGCGCGGGAGGAGCCGGACCAGGCGGCGGACUUCCCCUUCGACGAGGCGGCGGCGGCCGCCGACGCCGGGGAGGCGUGGCGGAGGCCGCCGGGCGUGUUCCAGUUCCCCUGGCAGAAGUGCCGCGGCGGGCUCGGCGUGGCCGGCGGCGGCGGCUGGGAGCUGCGGGACGUCUUCUUCCACUCCCUCGUCGACGGCGGCGCCGCGGCCAUCGGCGUGCCGGGCGACCGCCUCGUCUCGCCGCCGCCGCCCAGCAAGCAGCGCGCGCUCUUCGACGACGUCGACGCCUGGCUCGCCGCCGCCGCCGACGGCGAGGUCGACCCCGUCUGGCGGUCGGCGAUCAGGGGCGCCGGGCCCUCCGCGUCGGCGGUGUGACGAGACAGACGAUGCAUGGCGUGGGCCGUGGAGGGCCCCCGUCGCCGGUGGCCCCGCCUGACAUUCAGUGCGCGGCGCCGCCUGGCCCAUCGGCCUCGUGAAGCUGGCCUGGCCGCCUGGGUUGGCACGGGCCUGUUGAUGAUCACGAUCAAUUUGCUCCUGUAUAUAUGAUGAUUGCUGCCAAUAAUUAUUUACUCUCUCUUCAUUUUUAAGCAUCACUUUAAUAAUCACAAGUGUUGUUUCCAAAUAGUUACACAUCCUCUCUCAAGCCUCUAGGUAAAAAUUUCGAAACCACAUACAUAUCCAUCUGAAACCUACUCAUUUCCCGUAUUUAAAUAUCAUGUUUUAGAUGACAGUCUUAUUCUCUUUUUUUGGCAAAUAAAUUCUUGCAUUACUCGAGGUUUAAAGAUGUCAGUCUUAUCAUAUGGUUACAUUAGGAAAAAGUUGAAUACAUCACACAUGUUGAUAGGUUAUUGAAGUGUUUUUUUCGUUGAUAUAUCUCUUGACACUCUGUGGAUUUUUUAUUAUUUGUGUCUAACACAAAAGGCAAAACAAAACAAUAGACAAGUAAGCAAUACCACAAUAGUACUCAU